AUGCCACAAACAUCGCGAAAUCGCAGAAAAAAACCUCCUCAUUCUAGGAGAGUUGAAAUCACUGAUGAAGAUGGCUGGACCCAUGUUGCUAAUACCCAUAAAUUACCAUCAUCACGAGCCCACGCGCAAAAGAAGGCGAUUUCAAUGGUGACAGAUGGCGCAGCAGACGAAGACCCAGAUGAAGUAUUACGGCUCGGCGAUGCUGGGGAGAAGCCCCUAUUAUUACCACCCGCAGAGGCGCCGUCACGAUUGACCAUUGCCGACUUGCGGAAACAGUUUGAUGCGCAUCUAGCAACAUGGGAGUCAUCCUUGGCAUGGCAACAUCUAAGAAGCGCGUUGCACAACGACGUUCUAGCUAAUAGAGAGCUAGUCGAUGAUGGCGACGACAAUAAUGAGGCUAAGAACAGCCAAAUAGACAUUGACAAUGUUGUCUGCAUCGGCCUCGGGUCUCCCAGUGGCUUCGUCCAAGGCGGAUGGGUUGACCGCCGGAGUGUGGCUCUAUACCAACUAGCAGCGCUAGUUUCAAUAAUCAACUGUCUCACAAAGGCUCUGCGAAAACAUUUUCCUUCCCAUAGAUCACAACAAGGAAAGGGAGGAGACGAAGGAGCAGAGAAUACCAAACACAUGAGAGUCAUCGCACAAGAUCCCGUCUUCAAUACGCUCGACACACAACUCCUUUCCUCCCUCGGCAUUACAGUAGUGCAGACCCCCGAAGGAUUCAACUCGGUCACCACCAGGACUUUCCUAUUCGCCCCCGGUGCCGAAAGGAGACAUCUCCAGCUCAUAUUACCAUCGAACCCGGCAAUGGUUUUUGGUGGACCAUUGGAGGAAGAGCCAUCGUUAACCGUUCAUACUAAUAACAACCAUAGUCAGAGCUACUAUUCCGACAGCAGCAAUAAGAAUGCCAGUGGCACCAGCGGCAUGUUAUCUGCUAACGAGUACGAGGAUGCCAUAACCCGCUUCUCGACGCAGACCCGUUCGGUGAAGAUAGCAGAGUUUGAGUCUAGACCAGAGACUUUUUGGCGAAUGAGAAUAUAUUGGCGAGAUUGA